UCACUGGGCGCGUUUCGCUGUAGACUCACUGACUUCGGUGGGAGAAGAAAGUUGUUGGAAACCAGUGGACGGUUCUAGGAAGGGGGCGGAUCAUUUCCAGAGACUGGACAGGGGUAGCCUUGAAGACGUGACCGGUGCCGCGCGCUCACGUGUCCUUGUUUCCACCUCGAAGGAGGAGCCGGUGUUCGUCCGUUCAGCGGUGAGGUGUGGGAGCAGCAGGAAUGUGCGAGAGCCGUUGCGGGAGGAUGGCGGACAGGGGCAAGCGGCCCGUCCUGUUCACAUACAUCCAGACCACUUUCAAGACAGACUCUUUCUACAACAACUACACGGUGGCACAGAGGGAACUGGGCAGAGGCAAGUUUGCUGUUGUUAGAAAAUGCAUAGAAAUGGCUACUGGGAAAGAAUAUGCAGCUAAGUUUAUGAAGAAGAGGCGUCGGGGACUGGAUUGUAAAGCUGAUAUCAUACAUGAAAUUGCUGUACUUGAAAUGGCAAAGUCAAAUCCACGUGUGGUAGACCUGUACGAGGUGUAUGAAACUACACAUGAAAUUAUUCUCGUCUUAGAAUAUGCUGCUGGAGGAGAAGUCUUUAAUCUGUGUGUAGCUGAUCGAGAUGAAGCCCUCUCAGAAAGGGAUGUAAUCAGACUUCUUCGACAGACUCUUGAAGGAGUAGUUUUCCUACACCAAAACAAUAUUGUACACCUAGAUUUAAAGCCACAGAAUAUUUUAUUAACCAGCUCAUCACCAUUGGGUGAUAUAAAGAUUGUUGAUUUUGGCUUGUCCAGGAGAGUUGACAAUGUUGGUGAAUUAAGAGAAAUCACUGGAACACCUGAGUACAUUGCUCCUGAAAUCUUGAACUAUGAUCCAAUUUCCCCAGAAACAGACAUGUGGAGCAUUGGAGUAUUGGUGUACAUGCUGCUGACAGGAAAGUCUCCAUUUCAGGGUGAAGAUAAGCAAGAGACUUUUCUCAAUAUCUCGCAAGUUAAUGUUGACUAUUCAGAGGAAACGUUUGAAGGUGUCUCUCAAACUGCUGUUAAAUUUAUUCAGCAGCUUCUAGUCAAAAAGCCUGAGGACCGAAUAAAUGCAGAAGCAUGUCUUUUUCAUCCAUGGCUGCAAACAGAAAAACUGAUGGGUAAUCCUGUACCUGAAAUCAUGUGUGUUCCACAGUCUGAAGAGUACAUUAAGCCUUUAGAGGAAAACGCCACACGAGCUCUCACAUUUGGCGUCUGCAGACCUUUGGAUAAUGGCCCUGAAGAAUCGGCUAUUGAACCCAAACGAUUCCGAUAUGAUGAUUCGUACAGAAGUUGUCAUGAGGUCACAGGGGAAUGGGUGUUUUAAAAUUGGAGUAUGUUAGUUGCAAGAGAACAGCACUUUGGGAAAUCUUCCCCUUUUUAUAUAACGCUCAAUCACUUUUUAAAAGUAUGUGACUCAAGUGCAUAAAUGUUUUCUUGGUAAACAUAAGCCGUGACUCAGUGGAGCGCUGAUGUGUUAGCACUUGCAAACUUUUUUUAAAAAGUUGCAUGAAAGCACAUCAACAUUUUUUUGCACUUAUCUCAAUAAGAAAUACUCUUAAAUGUUUAGAAUUAUGGCUCGUUUUAAGAUAAUGAGCAAAAUGAAACAUCGACUUGAUUCAUUUCAUUUCUAAUAGUUCUGAUUGAUUGUACCCAGGUAUCGAUCUCCUUUUUUAGGCAGCUAGCAUAUACUGGAGACUAGUAACUAGGAUCAGUAAUUAUAGUCCACAAUUUUUAUAUAAUAGCUAUUCAAGAUUAUUCACAUUGCAACAGCUCCAAAGGUUAAUUUUGAAUGUAACUAUCUGAACACCUGGAUGGUUCAUUAUAUAUGCAGGUUGUUCAAACUUGCUUGAAUGCUAUGUUGCAAUUGUAAUUACAGGUUGAUAAAUGUUCUUCCAAGCAAUCAAAUUUUGCAUAUAAUACAAAGAUUCCCUAUAAUGAAACUUGCUUUUUAAAAAAAAAACUUACACCCUUUUUAACUAUUGUACCAGCAUUUAUUGAUUAUUAGUUUGGCACAGAUGUGGGUUUUUUCAGUUUUUAGCAUAGAUGUGUACAAAUCUCAAAAGAAAUAAACUCUGAACAAACCGCUACAAAUUCAUAACUGCUUCCAUGUAUCAUGCUAGGGUUUAUUCCUACUGUGACCAUCUUUAUGGCUUUGUAUUAUAUUAGUCAAUAGCAAAACAAUUUACGGGCUGCCAAAACAAAGAUGGAAAACCCUAGCUUUUUUUGAUGCAAAUGAGCUAAUUGUCAAAUUUCAAAAGGAAAUCUUGAAAUUCAUUAGGGAUUUAACUCAUUUCCUGAUUAUUUGUGAAUUAUAUUUGAAGAAACUGGUGGAGCUGUUGAAUUUGGAGUAAUUAUUAUGCACUUUUUCUAUUGUAUACAUAUCAGUUGCCUUACUUUAGAACAGUAAGGCAAUUGUUUUUGGUCUUUGAUGUGGAAGUGGGAAUAUGUUGCCUGCAUCUAUCUAAAGAAAUAUUUCAGCUUCAUGGAGAAUAAAAUAUUUUAUGCUUUUAGAUAUCUAGUCAAACAUAAUCAUGCAGGAAGUCUGAAUCUAAGUUUUAAAUGUAGCAGGCCCUGGGUCAUAGCUAUUAUUGAAGCCAUGUUAACUUUAACUCAAUGAAGAUGAUAUUUGUGAAAAUUUUAAACUAAGGUAACUUAUCUAAUUUUGAAACAUUCACAUUAAUGUUUUGUAAUUUCAAAAUUAAAUCUGAAAUAUAGCUUUCCAUAUUUGGAAAUAUUUAUUUUUUGACAUUUUGUAAAUUAUAACUUUGAAGUUCUCAGGAAACAUUCAGUUUGUUUCAUUCAAGCUCAAACUGAGGUCUUUGUAAUUUGAAGCAAAUGUUUAUAUGCGAAUAAACUUUAAUUAUUGGGCAAACUUUCAUUUUAAAA